AUGAAGGCAUCAGCCUUCUUCCUGGAGGAAGACCUGAUAGUGCAGGAGAGCGCAGACACCAGCCCCUGCCACUACCAGGAAUCUCUGAUUGAGAGUGGAGUCACUCAGCUUAACACCUGUGAGGAGACUCCCGAAAUCCCUGAUGACAACAUCUGUCAGGAGGAAGACCUGAUAGUGCAGGAGAGCGCAGACAUCAGCCCCUGCCACUACCAGGCAUCUGUGGAUGAGAGUGGAGUCACUCAGCUUAACACCAGCGAGGAGACACCCAUAAUCCCUGAUGACAACAUCUGUCAGGAGGAAGACCUGAUGGUGCAGGAGAGCGCCGACACCAGCCCCUGCCACUGCCAGGCGUCAGCUAAAGAAACUGGCCCCAACACCAGCCAGGAUGUUGGCUCAGUAAAGGAACUGAGCGAAGAGGAUGCAAAAGACCUUAAGGAGGAAUCUGGCACUACCACCUGCCAGCCCAAGAUCUCCCGAAGAAAGCGAGUGGAACCUCCGACCAACGAGGGGAAUAACACCAUCUCACUCGCUGAGAAAUAUCCAGAGCCCGGGAGAUAUUUCAAAUUGGGGGAACAAAUUGGAGAGGACCCCAACGGAGUGAUUUACAAUGGAUGGCACCGAAGCAGACGAAUGGAGGUGGCCAUUGUAAUCAUACAAGAUCAAGAGAAGCAAAAGGGAAUUCAAAAAGAAGUUCAAGUCCUUGAAAUGGUGUCAGGCCAUGAAAACAUCGUGGAUUUCUAUGGGGCUUAUUACCAUCAGGCCCCACGGACACCAUCACUCCCUGAAGGACUAUGGAUUGCUACUGAGUUCAUCACUGGUGCCACUCUACAAGAUCUCAUUGGCACCAGAAAGACCUUAGGAGAAAGGUGGAUCUCCUAUAUCUGUAAACAAAUCACCACGGGCCUUUUCCACCUACAAAAGAAGAAUGUCAUCCACCAUGACAUUAAGCCCGGAAACAUCCUGAUCACCUCAUUGGGAGAGGUGAAGAUCGGCGAAUUUGGAUUCGCCACAUUUGGACGGAAGAGCAGCAGUACUUCUGGGACUAUAACAUACUCGGCCCCAGAAGUACUAGCUAAUUUUGGCAACAACAAGCUCGAGUAUGACCAUAAGGCUGACAUCUGGUCACUCGGCAUUGCAGCCAUUGAAAUGGCGGAGGGAGAUCUCUCAUUCAGCAAACUUCCACAACAGAAGCUGAUUGAGAAGAUAACACGCGGUCCCACGCCAGGUUUAACACCAUGGGGAAAAUGGAGCGACGAGUUCCAUUUCUUCAUUUCUGAGUGCCUGCAGAGAGAUCCAUCUAAAAGACCAUCUGCAAGGCACCUUCUGACACACCCCUUCAUUGGAGAGAUCAGGGGUGAAAGGGGUGUGCAGAAGAACAUUGCCCAACAGCUGCACAGAGGAAUGAAGCACUAAAAGAACAAAAGAAGGCAGCCAUCGGGGGAGGGUUUGGGGCAUAGGGGGCCUAUUUAACAUCCUUGGGCCCCCCACAUAACAUCGUGGUUCCGAUGGCAGCCCUCUAUGUUCUCUUCUUCCCAUCUAGAAGCCCAACAGCUGCACAGAGGAAUGAAGCCCCAAAAGAACAGAAGAAGGCAGCCAUCGGGGGAGGGUUUGGGGCAUAGGGGGCCUAUUUAACAUCCUUGGGCCCCCCACAUAACAUCGUGGUCCCGAUGGCAGCCCUCUAUGUUCUCUUCUUCGUGGACAACAGCAUCUUCUAACAACUGCAUCUGAGAAAUCUUUAUUGUGUACUGAUUUAUAUAAUAAAUAUUCCAUCUUUAGAUUAUAUCAAUCCAUGCUAGAUUUUCUUAUUGGGGAGAUGGCCAUAAUAACCUCCAAGCCCACUAUUGGCUCAUAUCCAUCAUCCUUUUAAUAUAAAUUCUAAUGAUGAGUAAGAGAAGAAGGCAUAGCCCACAACUGGACAAAAAAAUAAAAAAAAUAUACAAAAUACUGUAUUUUCAUUUAGAAAAUGCCUACUCAAAGGGUAAGGCAAUUUAAGAUUGCCAGUCAUAUAGUGGCAUUCUAAAACAUGUUUAUUUAUUUAUUUAUUUUUUCCCAGCUAUUGCGUUUAAACUGCAGUCUGUUUUUUUUCUUUUGGAGUUGCCAUGAUCACUGACCAUAGCAACCAGUAAGGAAACAAGAAAGGUGCUUAACUGACACCCAUAGAAUGGCCAGGCCAUUGAAUAAUUGGUUUAUUGGUCAAUUAUAGGAAAGGUACAUCCUAAAUAGAAGACCUUGAAUAAAUAAAAUUGUAACUUGCACUUGAUAUUUAUUUAAAAAAGGAGCAAA